CCGUGUGCCAGCCCCUCGGUGCGCGGCUGCCUGUGAGCGAACAGCGCACCCGACAACAGCUGCUUGCCGACGACGGACAGCAGCUGGUCGCUGACGGCAGAUAGCAGCUACUCGCUGACGGCGGACAACAGCUGCUCGUUGACGGCACACAACAGCUACUCGCUGACGGCGGACGGCAUAUUCUCCCUGGACACCAGCCUCCAGUGGACAAGCCGCCAGGUGGAUAACCGCCCCGGGCGAGCCGGGCGUGCACGGCCGCGCGUGCAGACGAGCCUCUGUCGGAGGACGGGCGCCAAGUGGCGCCAUCAGCUGCAGACUAACUGCCCAACCCUUCGGUCGCCAUGCUGUGGCAGGCGGCGGCGGCGGCGGCGGCGGCAGCGCUGCUGUUGCUCUGCCGGUGGAUCGUGGCUUUCAGCCGUCGAACACCGCAGCGCAUGUUCGCCGUGUACACGCAGCCGGACGCCUCCUUCUACCCGAAGAUGGCCGCGUUCUGGCUGCUGCUGCGCCUGCGCCGACUGUGGGGGUCUCCCGGCGGCGGCGGCGAGCAGGCCGGCUACGGCCCGCUGGCCGAGGCGCCCCAGAGCCUGGACGCCGUGCUGAUCCAGGGCGCCGACGGCGCCGGCGCCUGGCUGGUGGCGGCGAUGGCGCGCCGGCCCCACGGGGUGCUGAACGUGAUCGGCAUCGUCUCGCUGCCAGGCGUGGGCACGCUGCUGCUGCCCCGCCACCCGGACACCACGCUGUUCGGCGGCGAGACGGCCCACGCCGGCGGCGGCUUCUCCUUCCGCCGUAUGGAGCCGAUGCGCCGCUGGAAGCUCGACUUCACCGGCCAGAUGCGCGUCAGCGAGAGCGGCGCGCUGGUGGACGUGACGCUCGACCUGACGUACACCUCUGACCUGGCGCACUUCGACUUCGACACGGACAUGGCGCCGCUGGCGGUGGCGCGCGCCAUGGCGCGCGAGCCUUGGAGCCGCGAGUUCUUCGCGCGGCUGCGCGACGCCCACCAGACGCACUACGAGCAGAUCGGCACGACGGAGGGCACAGUGACCGUCGACGGCCGGCCGCACGCGCUGCGCGUCACCGGCAUGCGCGACCAUAGCUACGCACGCUGCCGCGACUGGACGCGCCUCCACCGCUACGGCCUGCACACGCUGAUCGUGGAGGACGGCACCCGCGCGCAGGUCGGCGUCGUCUCGCAGCCGUACUCGUUCUCGCGGAUCGAGCUCGGGUACGUGUACCGGCCGGACGGCUCGCUGCACGCGCUGGAGUGGUGCGACCUCGAGCUGGGCUACCACGGCGAGCAGGGCGCCGAGCCGCGCGACUACGGCUUCAGCUUCGGCGCCGGCGGCCGCACCUACCGCGUGCUGGUCAAGGUGGAGGAGAGCCACACGGUGUUCAUCGGCUGGAGGUGGGAGGCGCGCGUGCUGGAGCGCCGCUGCACGUACCGGGUCAACGGGGUGGCGGCGCACGGCGUGUCCGAGUGGUACUACCGGCACCGGGGCGGUAGGCCGGCGGAGUACGCAGCCGAUGACCCCGCCUGGGCGCGGGACAUCGAGAAGUGAUCCUAACCCCGACCCCAAGAUAUCGAGAAGUGAUGCUGACUUGAACGCACUACAGUUUAUCUAUCUACAGUUAGAACGCACUACAGUUUAUCUAUCAUAUUGCGAAGCAGCGUGACGCAGCGAAGCGCCGCGCAUGCGCAGGAGCCACCGCCGUGUAGCCUUGGUGGGACGAUCGUCUUAAGGUCCGGAGAUUAAUGCCGCAUUUAAGACGCAGGCGGCUGUUUACGCGAACGCGAUAGGCGUAACCCCGAUGUCAAUAAAGCGAGCGUUGCCAAGACCCACAACAUUCGUUGCUCUGCCACUUGGGUGUUUCGUGUAAGUAGCCGAUGUACCGAAACCUUACACCGCCACGAAGGCUCAGCUGUCACAGACAAAUCGGGAAAGUCGAAUGUUUGACUUCUGGUGCAUUUAGGCGAAAGUCUUGGUGGAACCAUGUCGCACCACGCGCUGAUACUUAUCUGCAUGAAGA